AGAAAUUAUGUAAAAAGGAAACAAAAAAGUCAAACCCAAAGCAAAAGGAAAUUGUAACUUUUUGCCUUUUCAAUAUUUCUUUGCCCAUUCAAGAGAUACGAAAACAGUAACAGACCUUAGAUAGACAGAUGGAUUGUAUGCUCGAUUGUCAAGAGGCGGGGACAUACGAGUAUUCCUCAAUUUCGAUUUCGAUUUAACGUGAGUGCCAGGCAAGCAAAUACAAACAAACAAACAAAUCAAGCCCAAUACUUAGAGUUCCCUAACAUUCCGUUCCGAUUCACACUCCUUCAUUCCGACCCGUUCGAUUCUACGGAAAAUGCAACACAAAUAUUAGCAUUGCCAUAAAACAAUAAACCCGAACGUAUUAAUUGCAAUCUUGUGAUAGUGAAAAUAUGGAAACAAAAAGCCAAGCGAAACGAGAAUAGCAAACAAACCAGAGAGUUUGCAACGAAAAGUUGCUGAGGAGCAAGCUUCGGCAAAUAUCAACAGCUGGGAAAAGCAAAUCAUAAGUAAACACAAAGGACAGGACCGGCAAAACCGCACAGGACGAAGGAUAAACGUGGUAGUUGCCAUGAGAGCAGCCUCGGGUGUUGACCAGGAGUGAAAGGAUCUGGGGCAAGAGGUCCAAAGGAGCAGCAGUAACAGCUGCAACAUCAAACCAAGCAGCUGCAACAUCCACGAGCAACGAACAACCAGCAACCAGCAACAACGAGGGCAACAAUAAGAACCGCCAGAGACAACACUCGCAAUCAAAUCAAAUUCAAAGAUGCAAAUUACAAUUUGCAUACAAAUGCAUGCGGACCAGACAGCCAACACAACAACAAUCAGCACAAACUGCAGCACAAAUAACAAAAGCCUCGCAAAUUGUUGUCAAAUGCUGUAAAAUUGUACAGAAUUAUUCUAAAGCACACUUGCAAACAUAUCACUCAGCGGGUGUAGGGUUCAAAUCCACCAGUCAACAUGAUCAAGGGCAUUCUGAUUCAGCGCAAGAGCCAGGAGGAUGCCAGCUACACCAAGCAGCUCAAGAUGGAGCACGCCGAUCUGGUGGCCGAGAUGCAGACCGUGGAGAGCCUGCCCACCCACGAGCGGCUCCAACUGGCCAGACUACGUCGUGCCCAGCAGCUGAAGCUAUCCCGGCAGAAGGACAAGGAAUGGGCCAAGUUGCAGCGGGCGAAGGGAAACACGGGGAGCGGAGGCGGCGGUACCGGAAGCGGAUCCCUGGGCAGCGCGCUGAUGAACGGCAAUGGAGAUACCACGCACCACUUCCGGCACGCCAACGGAUCCGGCACCCUGAGCGGCAGGCGGCACAUAUCCUUCGAGAACAGCGUGGUGCUCCUGGAGGCCGCCUCACGCAACGAUAUGCCCGAGGUGGCGGCCCUCCUGCAGCACGGAAUCACGCCGGAUGCAGCCAAUGAGGACGGACUGACGGCGAUGCAUCAGGCGUGCAUCGACAACAACGUCGAGAUGCUGCAGCUCCUGCUGGAGUACGGGGCGAAUGUGGAUGCCCAGGACAGUGAUAAGUGGACGCCCCUGCAUGCGGCCGCCACCUGCGGCCACCUUGAGCUCGUCCGCAUCCUCAUCCGGCACGGCGCCAAUCUGCUGGCGGUCAACACCGAUGGAAACAUGCCCUACGACCUGUGCGACGACGAGAACACCUUGGACUUCAUCGAGGGCGAGAUGGCGCAGCGGGGCGUCACCCAGGAGCUGAUCGAUGAGACGCGCUCCUCCACGGAGCGGAUCAUGCUCAGGGACCUCAUGGAGCUGGUCCGCACCGGGGGCGAUCUGGAGGAGCCCGACUACCAGUGCGCCACACCCCUGCACAUAGCUGCCGCCAAUGGAUAUGUUCGUGUCGUCGAGUUUUUGUUGGAACAGCAUGUCAACGUGGAUGCCAUGGACAAGGAUCUGUGGACUCCGGUUCACGCCGCCGCCUGCUGGGGUCAUCUCGAGGUGCUGGAGAUGCUGGCGCAGUGUGGUGCUGAUUUAAAUGUUCGCAACAAGGACGAUGAGACGCCCUCAGAUAUCUGUGAAGAUCCCGAGAUCAGGGAGCGCAUCGAGCAGCUAAAGACAGAGCAGGAGGUCAAACGACUGGCCGAGGCGCAGCGACGACGUGUUCGCCGCUCGCAGAGCAACAAUACCAGAGCCCAAUCCGUGCGACGUACUAGUUUGCGGGACAAAACGCUGACAACCAAAAAGGAUGCCGUCGAGGAGACGCGUCUGCGACUGCAGGCCCAGGAGGCGACGGACUCGGAGACUCCCUCCUCGGGCGGCGAUCCCCUGACCAAUGGCUAUGGUUACGGAAACAACAACGGCGAGAAGCGGCCCUCGACGGGCAGUUCGAAUGGCCAGCCACUGCCGCACUCCAAGUCCGCCGAUGCGCUGGACAAUGCCACGUCGGCAUCCUCGGCCGCAUUGUCGGCCACCACCACCACCACACAUUCCUACCCAUCGCGUCGUCCACCGGAUGGCCGGGAAAACGACGAGCUGCUCCGCCUGAAAGCCGCCGGCGGAGUUGGUGAAGUGCAGCGGGCCACCUCGGCGGCGGCUGUGAUCCUCAGCGAGAAGGGAACGGCGGCCAGUGCCGAGGCCGUUCAGAUCCAGUCGUCCAAGGAGGCAGCCAACGGCAAGAUCAACGUGCAGGUCACCGUCCUUGUGGACACCAACAGCACGCACCACCAUCAGCAACAUCAACAGCAGCAGCAGCAGCAGCAACUCCACCAGCAGCAACAUGUAUUGCUGUUGCAGCAACACCAGCAACACCAGCAGCAGCAACAGCUACAGCAGCAGCAGCAGCAGCAGCAUGUUGCCUUGGAUGGCUUUAGUGCCACAUUGGCCAAUCUGAAGAAGCAACGCUCGCUUUCACGCACCGCCAAUGUCCUCAAUAAUUUCGAAUUGUCAUCCCAAACAACUAGCAAUGCCCAUACAAUUGCAGCUGCAACUGCCACUGCCACUGCAACAACAACUAAUGGUUCUGUUUUAGGAGCCGGCGGCAGCAGCAGCAGCAGCAACAACAACAACAACCUUAGCACCAGCAACAACAACAACAACGGAUCAGCCCCGAUCUCGACGCAACCCACCAUGGGUCACCUGGGUGGUCCUGGCAGCCUACUAUCCGACUUCGAGGUGUCCUCGCCGGCGGGCAGCUCCCUGAACAAAUUCAGCGGAAUCACCGGGGAUGUGGUCACCGACAGCACCAGUUCCAGUCGCAGAUGCUGCUUGCUGAUGUAGAAGCUAAAUGAACUUACUAACUAACUAACUACUAGAAUCACAGGGUAUUAAACCAACCAGAUGUGUCAGAGGGAAAGACCAUUAUCAAAAUGGCAAGCAAAAAGUGUCUUUUUUUAGAUUAGCCGAAUUCAGUGAGUGAAUCCUUGAAUGUUAAAAACACAAAUGCAUGUUGGUUUAAGCAGGGGGCUCAGUUCUGUGAGCUCCCCCCAAAAAAACGGCUCAAAGUCGUUGCAUUUUCCUAGCAGACACUACACUACACACACACAACCAAUUAUACGAUACAAAUUUAUACAAAUAUACAACCAUAUGUAUACAUUUUAAAGAAUAUAAAAGAGUAAUAUUAAAUAAAUGUGAGCAGUUUACCUUAGUUGAUAUGUAAAAGCAAAAUCAAAAACCAUAUGAAAAACAUCAAAAAUAUUUAUUUAGCGUUGCUAAGAACUUAACUUAAUAGAUUUGCUUGGAGUGCAUUCAGAUUAUCUGUGGUUCAGUGUGUGAGUGUUGAAACCGAAACAGGCAAAGUAUUAUGCAACAAGUAUGAAAUAUUUAACUAAAUAUACGAUAGCGAAAUUGUAGUUAAAACGUGACGGAUUAGAAAAGCAAAGCAAUGAAACGAAAUGCAAAGCACUCAAGCAAUUCCCCCAUAUAAGUGUCUAAAUGUUUGAAUUGAAAAGAUGUUAAUGCUAGAGGGCAAAAGGAAUUAUGUGAGUUGAGUUUUGUUGAGAGAUACAAGAAAAUUUGUAUUAUUUAUGUAGCAUCUAUGUUUGUAUAUACACGAUUCCAAAUGAUUAAGAUGAUAAAAUGCAAAAAUACAACGCGCAA